CCCUGCCUCAGUCUUCUCUUCUUCACCUCUUUUGUUGACCCUUAUCUCUCCCCUGCUCCUUCUUUGCCUCCCCCCCUGCUCAUCUCCCUGUCCUGACACAUCUGCAGUAUAUCUACCAGAGACAUUUCCACUGGUGCUGAAACUUUAAUGAGGUGAAGCAGCUCACCCAGUAAUGUUUAGCCGCCAAUUUUCGGCCAUGAAAUAUAGAUGUCCUGACAUGAAAGUCAGUCACAUCGUCGUUAACUACACCGGGAGUGGGAGCAGGCGUGGGGAUCUGCAUCUUUGCACUCUUUUGAGCUCCAACCCAACCUUAUCAGGGCAGCGUAUCCAACAGUUUAAUAUUUCAUUCCUUCUCUGUCAGGGGACUGGAGAUACUGUGGAUGUCAGGGUCCUCAGAGAUAAUUUGAGAUCCAGAGGAAAGUGAGACAAACCUGGGUUAAAACGUGGGAGAAUUGAAGGCGAAGGUGAUGGGUCCACCUGAAGCCCUCUGGGUGCUACAUCUGCUGUUUACUGUCUGCUCAUGUCAGGGUUUGUACCCAGGCUCAGAGGAGGGCUGGCAGGUGUACAGCACGGCUUCGGAUCCUGACGGCAGGUGUGUUUGCACGGUGGUCGCGCCGGCACGGAACCUCUGCAAACGAGACCCUCGGAGCCGACAACUACGCCUGCUGACUGAACAGGUCCAGAAUGUGAGUCAGUCCAUGGAGGUGGUAGACCUGCGGACAUCCAGAGACCUGCAGUAUGUCCGAGACUCGGAGCCACUGCUGAGAGGAGUGGACGGACGCUUACACACUUAUGUGGCCAACCCACGUGCUCUAACAGCCAAGGGCCUGCAGGAGUUGAAGGGCCAGAUGUCUCAGCUACGGCCCCUUCUGUCAGUGGUGGAGCAGUACAGAUUGGACCUGCAGACUCUGGGCACCCUGCGAAUGGAGCUCCUCAACUUGUCAAUCAUCCUGACAGCCAUUCAGGAAGAGAUUGGAGCGUACGACUAUGAGGAGCUUCAGCAGAGGGUUUUACUGCUGGAGACCAGGCUACACAGCUGCAUGAACAAACUCGGUUGUGGUCGCCUCACUGCAGUUAGUACCCCGAUCACCGUGAGAGCCUCGGGGUCUCGCUUUGGCUCCUGGAUGACUGAUGCCAUGAUUCCCAGUUCCGACAGCAGGGUCUGGUCGAUGGACGGCUACUAUAAGGGCAGGCGCGUGCUGGAGUACAGAACCAUGGGGGAUUUUACAAAAGGGCAGAACUUCGUGCAGCAUCUGUUGCCCCACCCCUGGGCAGGAACCGGCCAUGUGGUUUACAACGGGUCACUCUACUACAACAAACACCAGAGCAACAUCCUGGUUCAGUACCAUUUCCGCUCUCGCAGCGUGCUGCUCCAGCGCAGCCUGAGCGGCGCCGGAUACAACAACACAUUUCCCUACAGCUGGGGAGGGUCCUCCGACAUCGACCUCAUGGCUGAUGAGAUGGGACUCUGGGCCGUCUACACCUCCAUCCCAAAUGCUGGAAACAUUAUGGUGAGUCGCCUUGACUCUCGCUCGCUGGAAGUCCUCCAGAGCUGGGACACAGGGUUUCCUAAGCGGAGUGCAGGGGAGGCCUUCAUGAUCUGCGGCACCCUGUACGUCACCAACUCCCACUUGGCCGGAGCCAAGGUCCACUUUGCCUACCACACCAACUCCUCCACGUACGAGUACACUGACAUCCCCUUCCACAACCAGUACUCCCACAUCAGCAUGAUGGACUACAACCCGAGAGAGAGAGCGCUGUACACCUGGAACAACGGACACCAGGUCCUCUACAACGUCACACUGUUUCACGUCAUCCGGAGCGACGGAUAGAUGAGCACAUAGGAAAUGGUAAAAAAGGAGAGGGAGUGUGGUAGAGGAGGAUGUGAUGUGUCAUUAAAAGGGUACUGCAACACACACACACGCACACACACAUACACACAAUGACAUUCAUGUCAACAGGAAAAUGACUACUGUCUGUCUUUGAAUUUGAAUGACUUCUAGCCUGCGAGAGCUCACUGAGCUAAUAACUAGACACAAUACACGGUUGUCGAACACAUGUCUAAAGGUCACAGACAAGAGUAUUCAUCACGGCAGAGACGAAAAUUAACUGCCUCCGCUACGGGGACGCUGAUAGAGAGAAGGAAGUCAGACAGUUUGAGCUCAUCCAUAUUCUGUUGCAUUUCAUUCCACUUGCGUCUCAAGAAGUGAUUUUGCAAGUUGAGGUUGAAUUGUAGAAAAAAAAAAAAAGCGCAGCUCAUGAACUGAAUUUCAACGCUCUUCAAAUCUCGAGCUGUGGCGACGGACCUCAUGGAGAUAUUCUGGGUUUGUGAUGUGAUCGUGGACGUGUUCAGUCAGCAUGGUUGUUCAUUCAUUAAAUCUUACUGUCAAACUUU